AGCGCGCGCUGCGGUCAUCUCCGUCUCCGUGACUGACAUAAGCUGAGGUGCCAAGUCCACACUCACAGGAAUCAUCGCCACUUCAUCCGAUGUGAUGACGAAGCGUGAAGACACGACAAGAAGUUCCUCUCCACGCGCGUAAUUACGCACGACUCAUAUUUUGUGGUUUUUUUUUUAAAGGAUGUUGGACGCCAAGAACUGUGGAGUGACAAUGACGUCCAGUCAUAAGAUUUCUUUUUCAAUCCUCGACAUAUUGGAUCCAAACAAGUUCAACAGCAAAAGGGUGAACGAACUUUCCUGCGUUGACGAGAAGUUUUCUGUGCCAGACGAAGACGUAUCAAGUUUGGAGACGGACAGCGACGCAGCAGCAGAAGGAGACGCCAGAGGGGAGCGCACAAAAGCAGGAGAGGAUCAAAGAAAUGAACUCUCAGCCUCCGGGGAUCACACAACAGUCGUCACUGACCCGCUGCAGACCCGGGACUCAGAACCCCGUCUCACAGUGGAGCAGGACGACGGAGAGACACCGCAGGCCCCGUCCCCGCACAAGCGGCGGCGCCCGGACCAGACCUGCGCCAAACCGCGGCGUGCCAGAACCGCGUUCACCUACGAGCAGCUGGUGGCUCUGGAAAACAAGUUCCGCGCAACUCGGUACCUGUCGGUGUGUGAGAGACUGAACCUGGCCCUGUCCUUGAGUCUCACGGAGACCCAGGUGAAAAUCUGGUUCCAGAACAGGAGGACCAAGUGGAAAAAGCAGAAUCCCGGAGCGGACAGCACCUUACAGCCCGGGUCCAACUCUCUCAUCAGCGUCAGUCCAAACUCAGCCGUGUGUGCGUCAAGCUCCUCCGGCUUCCACCAGACUUUCCCGACAUUCAGCUCCGGGAAUGUCAUCUUCCACACGAACGGUGCUGUUCCGCUUCCGUCCACCGGAGGGCUCCUGCAUCCCUUCGUGUCCAGUGGAUUUGUGCAGCCAACUUAUUUUAACCCACAUCUAUGAAAGGAAUCAUGACUGUCAUGUUGCUGCUGGUGGGCAACUUGGGACUUGAUUGGACAAAUAAUAUCCACCGUUGUUAAUGUGCCAUGUCAUGUUUUAUAACGUUUGUUUUAGGUUAAUUGUUUCAUUUCAAAUAAAAUGUGUAAAAGUGUAAAAAGGUAAACACAUUCAAACAUAGUAAAAUACAACAUUAAAACAGGAUAUUUGAAUGUGCAAUAAAAUCAGGUGAUGUUGGAAGCUUUAAUGAAGUGUUUUUCAAACAAUUGCCCACUUUUUAAAGAUGGAAAACUACUGUGACGCAAAUCUCAAGCAAAUUUGAGCCUAAUAUCAACUCAUUUACAGCCGUAUCUGUGACACCUAAUAUCAUUUUAAACUGGUAAAGUAAUCAUUUCCAUUAAGAUGUUUGGUAAAUGAAUAAAAACUUUAAUUUAUGCAUGUUAUUUAAGACAUAUACACAUGAAUCUUAACUAAAAAGUUGGAAAGACUUUGCAAAUAUUGUUUGGGGAGCCCAAAAAAAGUUCCCAGUCUUUGGGAAAUACUGUUAAAUAACUGAUAACUUACUUAAGUAAUUAAGUAAUCUGUGACUUACUUCUGUUUUCUGUGUUCUGUCAGACCUGCUCCUCUAUGCACUGAACGACUGUGUGCCAUCGUUUUCUGCAUCACAGCCGUGUUUUCACCUCUCAAAGGUUUUUUCACGGCUCAUGUUUGUUGCCAUGACGAAUAUCAGUUUAACUUAAUAAACAAACAAACAAUUUCAAAUAAGAAGUCAGUUUGUAUUCCUUGUAUUAAAUAGUGACAUGAUUGAUCAUGAUGGCAGAUUAUGGUGUUGUCUCCUGAACAACAAGGCUGCACUUUUACCAAAAAUGAACAAACUUAUUAAUCACUAUAUGUGACAAUAUGUUCAUUCUAUGUCCAUUUUGUAUUUGUAUAGUCAAACUCUUUUAAUCCAACCGUUUUUUUGAAUGGAUUAUUCUCUUUUGCUGCUGU